UCACGUCUGCUGUCGCUUACUUCGAAGCCUUCCGUGUUUCUUCCACUGCACUCCUUCUUCGUUCUCGUUUGGUUAGAGCAUCCAACAGUAGGGUCCUUCCCACGGGCGAAGAUAGCAAUACUUCGGCUGCGUCUGCCGGGCCCACCGUCUGUACAAGGGAUCCGGCAGCCUUGUGUUUUGACAUAACCCUCCUUGAGAACCUCACCACAAAUUACCCACACAAUGAUGUCCACGUUGGGACAGGGUGAUUUUGAGUUGGCGGUACGGCAGCAGCCCAAGUAUGCCUGUGUGGCCAUCGGUAAGGGUAAAGAGAGGAAACCGAUCGAUCCGCCGCCCAUUGUUCAGCUCAUGGUCAACCCCAGAAAAGAUCCAGGGAGAACUUUCCUCCAAAACCCAUACCUGAUCCUGACCGCCAGGCUCAUCCGCAAGGGCGACGAAGACCAAGACGAACAAACAGGGCCGAAAGAGAGCGACUUGACGGGCACAUUGGUCUCAUCUCUCUACAGCCUCAAGGACACGGACAACAGCCAAGGCGGGUUCUUCGUGUUUGGCGACCUGUCCGUCAGGAGAGUAGGCACCUACCGGCUCGCCUUUAUCCUCUACGAGCUGAGGCUGGCCGAGAAGGAGUGCUGGCUCCUGUCCCGCACCGUCUCCGACCCAUUUGUAGUCUACGCAACCAAGACCUUCCCCGGGCUCGCCGAGUCCACCUUCCUCACCCGCUCAUUCAGCGACCAAGGCGUGCGCCUCCGCCUCCGCAAGGACUCGCGCACCGUCUCCACCAAGAAACGCACCAUCAGCCAAGCCGACCAGAUCCGCGCUUCCCAGGGGAUACACGGCUACCUCCCACAUGACAACCACGACCUCAGCCCCAACGGGCACUCCCCCCACCACCUCCGCCGCCUAAGCUCCCUCCACGACCAAGCCCAGCUCGACCGCUCCCGCAGCUACUAUUCCGAAUCUCCCCAGAUGCGCGCCGGCGAAUACUCCUACGGCUACACCCCCUACGACGACCAGAAACCACACAAACGCGCCCGCAUCGACGGCGCCUCCCCCGACAGCCCACACCCCUCAUCAGCCGGCGGCGGUGGCGGCGGCGGCGGCGGCUACGAGACCGACACCACCGCGUACCACUCCUACGGGCACCACGCGCACCACGCGGGCCCGCGCACGGUACCAGACGCCCUCGGCUCCAUCUACCCGCUGACGACGAGCGGGUACGCGGUGGCCCCGCAGCCGGCGCUGACCGGCCUGCCCAUGCCCUCCCCUUACGCGUCCAUGCCGCGGCUCGACACGACCCACCUCCCGCCGCACUCGCCGGCGGGCGCGCCCGGGUCGGCCGCCUCGUCGGCCUUCUCCCCCGGCACCAUCGGCAGCAGCAGCCGGCGCAGCCCGCCCGGCACCGCGGGCGGCGGCGGCCCCUACGGCCCCUACGCGGGCCACGCCGCCGCAGGCCAGGCCAUGUUCACGUCGCAACCAACCAGCUUGCCCUAUCACCCCGCCGUCGCGCACGGUCACCCCGGGGCUGCCGGGCUGGGGAUCGCGGUCGGGCUGGACUUGGAUGAACGCCAUUAGAAGAGGCGGCGCGAGGCAGACAGGCUUCUUGAGAUCCGGCUGUUGUCCCGGACGGCGGCUUGCUUGUUGGCGGGGGCGGGAAAGGCGUAACUUGCCUACCUACCUGCCCGUCUGCCUGGCUAUUUACCUUGCGCGGCCGUGCUCUGUGUAAAAUACCAUGGAUCCGAAGAGGUCGCGCAAGACACGCAAAGGCACGGAUGAUGCAGGGUGUUGUUCAAUGAUACCUGUAUUUUGCUUGCUCAGGGUUAUUAUUAUUGUUGGGUGGUUCGGUGUGACGACGGCGGCUGCGGACGGUUGGGUUG